AUGUAUCUUGUCUGGCCUGUCGUCGAUGUUGUGCCGCUCAUGGCACUGUUGAGAGAAGCACCAUUCGACAACGACGCCUACAUUCUGGGCUCAAGCGUCUGUAUUGCGACUGUCUUGCAGCUACAACUCGAAGUCGGGGACACUGGAAUGCCGUCACCACAGGCCUGUAUCGACGAAAUCGAAGACCUUCGAAAUACCACCCAGUAUAGGCGAAGACCGACACUCGAUUCUUUGUUGGCCAGCUUCUUUAUGCACAUUUCGUACUUACAUGUCGCACAGCAGACAGUCAGCACUCUUCUGCUCAGGGAAUCCAUUGCGAUUUCUCACUUGCUCAGCUUGCACCAGCCGAGCCAUUAUGAAGAUCUAGACCAGGCCACCAAGCAAGCGCAUCUGCGCAUUGUGUGGCUUCUUUUCAUUACUGAACGAGCACAUGCAAGACAAUAUGAUAUGCCAUGCACGGCCACGAUCUCACCUGAGCUGCCACCAUUGCAGCAGGAAGACGUGGCCGCGGACCCAUCUGCGUUUAUUUGUCUUUGUAACAUGUUCGCCUGUUUCGACAGCGCCGAUGUGAGCCGCAGCUUGACGGCAGACAAUAUGUUAGCCGCAGACAGCCAGUUGAUCACACUUCCAACUUCGCCACAGCAUUGCAACAGCAUUCAACAAGCCGACCUACUCGUGACACGGCAGUGGAUGCGACUUCUCUUGUGGAAAACAGCCAUAGUCAGACUCACCAUGACUGCUGAGCCAUCCGGCAAUCUGGACAGUCUUGUGUUGCCCAUCCAAAUAGGUCGUGAUCUUCUCUCGAGCCUAACACUACUUUCAAUGGACGCCCUCGAGGCCCAUGGCCCGGGCAUGGAACUGAAGCUCUUCACCGUGGCGACAUCUCUGGCAGACGUCAUGACUUGUAUGCCUACGCACAACACCGUGGUCUCGGAAUUUGGUGCGGGUGACUGCCUACUACGCAUCUCUGAGUUACUACAAAAGUUUCGAGGCGGCACGGAAGCCGUCAUGUCUGUUCUUCGAGAAAGAUUCGUGGAGAUUGGCCUCGAUCAGGUCCCGAUCCGAUGCAUCACAGAAGUCAGUCCCGCUUCUGAUGAAAGCGAGUACUCGGAGACAUCGCCUGAUACAGCGAUCACCGUAGGGAACGAUUCUCCAUGGCAGGGCUGGACUUAA